AUGCUCUCAAAACGACUAUUACUUCGUGCAACGACGGGUAAGACCGCCGUCGCACUGUCUCGUGGAUGGGCAGCGACCAUUCCGCAAACGAAACGCGCCGCUUUCCACUCGACGUGUCUUCUGCAGGCGGAAACCGUCAAGGUCCCACAAAUGGCUGAGUCUAUCACGGAAGGCACUCUCAAGUCGUGGCUAAAGCAAGUCGGGGACAGCGUUGCUGCCGACGAGGAGGUCGCCACAAUAGAGACUGACAAGAUUGAUGUUUCCGUCAACGCACCGACUGCCGGGAAGAUUGUUGAACUGCUUGCUGGCGAAGAAGACACGGUCACUGUUGGCCAAGAUUUGUUCCGGAUUGAGCCCGGGGAGGGUGGUGCUGCUGCCUCCCCGCCGCCAUCGUCAGAACCCAAAGAAGAUACCCCGAAAGAGAAGAAAGAUGAGCCGAAACAGGCCGAACCAGAGAAAAAAGACGCGCCAAAAUCUGCGCCCCCUCCUCCCCCGAAACAGGAAGCGAAGAAAGAGAGCAAACCCGAGCCAAAAUCAUCCCCUGCACCAUCGACACCUGGAAGCAGGAAUGAGACCCGCGUGAAGAUGAACCGGAUGCGUCUCCGAAUCGCUGAGCGUCUGAAGGAAUCACAAAACGCUGCCGCAUCUCUCACUACCUUCAACGAAAUCGACAUGUCCUCCCUCAUCGACCUCCGCAAACGCUACAAAGACGCGAUUCUGAAGGAGCACGAUGUCAAACUCGGUUAUAUGAGCGCGUUCGCCAAGGCUUGCACCUUGGCUUUGAAGGAAAUACCCUCUGCCAACGCGUCAAUAGAGGGCGACGAGAUUGUCUAUCGCGACUAUGUUGACCUCAGUGUGGCAGUUGCAACACCGAAGGGAUUGGUUACACCCGUUGUGAGGAAUGCAGAGAGUCUCGGUUUCGUGGGCAUAGAGAAGGAGAUUGCGGCUCUUGGAAAGAAAGCUCGCGAUGGUAAGCUGACGCUGGAAGAUAUGGCCGGUGGUACUUUCACCAUCUCUAACGGUGGUGUCUUCGGUUCACUUUAUGGAACGCCCAUUAUCAACCUCCCGCAAUCUGCCGUCUUGGGCAUGCAUGCUAUCAAGGACCGACCCGUUGUCGUAGACGGGCAGAUUGUUGUCCGACCCAUCAUGGUCGUUGCCCUCACAUAUGACCAUCGUUUGCUCGACGGUCGUGAAGCUGUGACUUUCCUCGUCAAGGUGAAGGAAUAUCUCGAGGACCCGCGGAAGAUGCUUUUGGCCAACUAA